AAAGAGACGGAAGUUCUACCAGUAGAAUUGCUUGGAACGCAGAGAGUGAGAGAGAGGUGGUGAAGGGACUCAGGUUGCCCCAUGGACCAUGGUGCCUCUCGAGCUGCUCUCUGCGCUGUCCGAGCCGGCUGCAGUGCUGAACCUGGCUGACCUGCCGGUUUUACAGGCUGACAGGAGGCAGGGAUUGGGGGACACCGUCACCCUACUCAGGGUCCGAUUUCCCAGGGAGCAUGAGUUCUUCGAGGAUGGCGAUGUUCAUCGGCAGUUGUAUCUCAAGGGCAUUUUGAGAAGCAUCAGAGAAGUGGAAGAAGGAACCAAAGUGGCAGAGUUCAGAUGCCAAAAUGAAGGCUGCUUUCAACUUUUUAACACCCUGGAGUCUUAUGAGCAUCACUAUAACACACUGCACAGAAAUGCCUGCUCAAUUUGCAAGCGAUCCUUUCCAUCUCCUCGAUUAUUGGACAUUCACAUCCUUGAAUGGCAUGAUGCCUUCUUCCAAAUCAUGUCCGAGAAGGAUAACAUGUUCCUGUGCUUGGUGGAGGGUUGCAUGGAGAAAUUCAAGACGGGUAGGGAGCGGAAAGAUCAUUUGAUUAAAGUACAUUUGUAUCCAUCUGAUUUCCGUUUUGACAAACCCCUAAAAAACAAAAGCAAAACAAAGCAAGACCGGAAUGUGGCCAAAGCAUUGUCUAUGGAAACCGAUCAUAUGGAGGAACCUGCUGUGGAGUCCAUGGAUGUGGUUUCAUCUAAUGCUAGUGAUGAAUCAACUGAGAACAACAUUGCGGCAGAUACCACAGCUCUAUCUAACCUCUACAGCAAAUGCAGGGUCCCUCGAACCAUAUGCUUCGGCCACGGAUCAGUCAGAGGUUUCAAACAUGCUAAGAAAAAUAAAUAAGGAAUAAUGUAGAGGUUGCACAAAAUUUUAAAGCUGUUUAAAUAUUACCUGUUGUAUGGAACAUUUAUGGCAUGUGCUGAUUGUAAGCUCUUUCUGGACUGUGGCAGUAACUUACCAAUGAGUGAUUUACUCAGCCAGUAAAUUCGAACUGCUUACUUCAUGUCAUCUAUGUCAUCCAACUGGCCUAUAAAACCAGCUCUGUUAUACUGUAGAAGUUUUGUUCAGACUGUUUAAAAGAACUCCAGCAGAUGGCGCUCGUGUAUCACAAACGUUCUAGUUUUGCACGAGUGUCUAAAAAAGUAAUAGUUUAUUAUGGUGUCCUCUACAUUGGGAGAUCUGUUGUCAUUGUCAAUGACUGUAUGGCUACAGUUCAAUCCUGAAUGUAAUUUGAUGGUGUAAAAAUAGGUAUGCAGUUCUAAAUGUAAAUUGCACUAUUUGUCUUUUGCAGAAUUCUUAUUGCCUUCCAUUGUUAUAUUGUAUUUGUGUGUUUUUAUG